UUCACUUAUCCCAUCUUGCUUUCAAACAGACCCAGAAAUAUAUGCAUACAUGCAGGUUACUCAACUCCUGGAGCAGCUGGAGGGCUCGACACACAGAAACAGUCUGCCAGUUAUAGGAUUUUAAACUAUAACUUUCCAGACAGUAAGACAGAUCCUUAACUACUUGAACUCUGCACUACCCCAUUACAGAGAUCUGUAAUGACCACCAUCACAUCAGGCAUCACAUCUUCACUGUGCACAGUCCAUGAGUCACCUAAACUAACUGCACUGCCUCGGCUCCAGUGAAUCUGGCACUUCCUGGCGUAUAAAUGAAGUGAUUUGAUUGUCUGUCACUCUAUAGUAGCACGGGUUGUGGAAAAGUAUGCGAUGCUGUGAUUGGCCCGCGCAGGCAGCGGAGGAGGGAUUUGUCUGGCCCUGGCCUGGCUGUCAGAUUGGUAAACUGAGGCAAGAGAUGGUGCUGCAGCCUGCAGGUACUGAUUUGAGGGUGGAAAAGGCUCGCCGUGAUUGACAAAGCGUGGUUUUGUUUUUACAAGUUGGUAGAAAAUGGCGUUUUCCUCAAAACAAAUUUAGAGGAAAGAUAAUCUGGUGCUUCAAAAUAGCGAAAACGUCGCGUGGGAUACCCUGCGAGCUGAAGAAACCAUCCGGUCUGAGAAGCACGAAUUUUUGCAAGAAACUUCAAACAUUCAGCCAGCUAGCAAACAACCCUUCGGCCAUCACAAAGAAUGAAACGUUUUAAGAGAGUGUGUGUUUCAGCCCUUGACGACGCCGACUCCUCUGUGGUGUCAGACAGCGACACCUGCGAGGAUGACACCGGCAGCUGUAGCUCCCCCCUGGACCUGUCGCAUCGAUCCACGAAACGCAGGCGUCGUGGCAACCUCCCGAAGGAGGCCGUGCAGGUGCUGCGAAGCUGGCUGUACGAACACCGCUUCAACGCCUACCCGUCUGAGCAGGAGAAGCUCAGCCUGUCUGGGCAGACGAGCCUCUCGGUGCUGCAGAUCUGUAACUGGUUUAUAAAUGCCAGGAGGAGGUUGCUCCCAGAGAUGCUGCGAAAGGAUGGUAAAGAUCCCAACCAGUUCACCAUCUCCAGACGGACGGGGAAGGCUGUGGCCAGAGCAUCAGUGGUGCCCCGGUCCCCAGAAGAGACGCCCCCUUCGCUCCCCCUGCUGCGGCCCUCUGUGAUCCGACCGGCCCCUGCACUGGACCUCGGCCUGCUGGGCAGUACGGCCGCAGCCAUCUUAGCGGGGGUCAGUCUUGCUGCACCAGCGCAGUCGGACACGCAGGGACACAUGGCUGGCGGUGCAUCUGUGGAGGCCCGGGUGAGCUCAGUGUUGGGGGGUGGGCUGUUCAACACCCCACCACCCACGCCACCCGAGCCCCGCCCACAGGACUUCAGUGACCUCCGCUUGUUGGUGGAUGCCGCUCUUCAAAGAGCAGCAGAGCUUGAGCUUCAGCAGAGAGAAGGGGCCGCCAGUACGGGCCCCAUCACUGCUGCCACUGCUGCCGAAGGAACUGGCAGCUCACUGGAGAAGCAGAGCGAGUGCCCGGCCCCUGGGCCCCAACUGGCUAUUCCAAGAGUGGAGGGUGUUUACGAGCCUGCAUCAUGGAGUGUGAUGUGCGGAGAGCCCCGGCCUACAGCCCCGGGUGGAUCCAUGGCCUGUGCGUGGGGCUCCACGCAUACCCUACUUCCUGUGCAGGAGGCUGUCAACUAGACGCAGGUUUUUUCUUUACUUCUUGCACCUUUUCCCUCAGACUUUUCAGCUCUGUCUCAUGGGGUCAGAACUGGCUGGACCCACGGAACUGCCAUCACCCACUUUUGCUGAGAAACGGACAAGCUCUGACCCCCUCCCUACACCUGAAAAUGGGUGGUGCGUUUUGUGUGUUUACAGGUGCUCUGGAACAUUUUAUCACAAUUUACUUUUUUUUUUUUUUUUUUUUAAAGGUUGUUUGACAGGAAAGGGACUAUUUUUGACACUGUAAAAUCGCAUUCUGGAAAUGUUCUAACAAGUGUGAAGGGUGUGAAUUUUGUAAAGUAGAUGCUGAAAGGUGUGUGGGUUUUUUUUGCUCUUCUUUCUGUGAGAGGCCCCAGGGUGGGAGAAUUACCAGGAUGAAGCUGUGCUCUCCCUCCAACACGAGAAUGUGACAGAACGGCAAUAUAAUUCAGUUGUAUCACAAAUGUGCCACAGAUUUGAAUGUAGUGUUUUUGGCUCUUUCGGAUGAAUCCCUCAGAUAUUUACCUCCCACUUCACUGGCAAAAAUGUUCUUUCCUUGUCAUCACAGGAGCAACCCUUGAGCUUUUGUGUCACUUUCAUAUGCACUUUUAAAAAAUCUGUGAUUUUCUCAGCGCCAGUUUUGGAUAUUCAUGCUCCUUAGUGGUGCUUCUGAAAAUGAAAUUGAGCCAUUUUUAUACUGUGCCCAGUACGUUCUGGUCACUUCAGUCGCUUGCAGCCCUUUUCUGUCCAGCGUGAACCUCAGUGUCACGUGGCUUUGGUUUGCGCCAAAAAGUUUUUCUGUUUUUCAGUCUCCUGGCAAUGUCUCCUCAAUUCAUCUCUCGCAUCUUCUGUUGAACCCUGUCGCUUAUGUUUUUUGUUUUGUUUUAUAAUUAGCCAGUUGCCUGGUCUGUUAUGACAAAGCUUAGCUAAUUUUUCUGAUUUGAGGACAGAAUGGGGAAAUGCAUUUGCAUGAGAGCAAACCAGCUGCUUCUAUUGGCUCCAACCAUUGCUGCUUUGCCUUUCCUUAAGUGCUACACGUCUAGAGUAGCCCCCCAUUUCCCUCGUGGUUGUUUUGUGAUGUUCGGCACACUGGCCAGCCGCUGCAGUGGAAACCUCGAUGAACCUCCUCUGGUUAAUGCAAAACGGUAACAACCAAAGCAAAUGCGACGACAAAGAAGUACUGGAGGAUUGCGGUAAUGUAUCAGAUUUGUUUUAGAAAGAUCUUUAGUAGUACACCAUGCCGAAUUUAUUCAUCUGUCAUUGUCAAAAAUUGACACAUUUAAAAACCAGGGAUGUGGUUUGUUACUAAAAAAAACUGGCUGAUGGAACAAGACAUGGGUUUGUGGGCUUAUUUAUAUGAAAGGUGGAUUUUUGUUGCAUAUAAUUGCAUGUAUUUUGCAAUGAACUGCGAAGAGGGGAUGGAGGGAGUCUGUGUUCCACAUGUGAUGAAAGCUUCCACAGUGUGACCUUCAGCCAUCUGUGAGCUCCCCAGUGAAUGACACACACGCUGGCACACAUUUCACAUGUGCACACACACUUUAUUUUUUUUGCCAGAACACAAUUAAAACAUGGUGCUUUUGUUAUGAAUUGGCAGUUGUGCCUUACCCUGGGGUUACUAGAAGACAUACUUUAUUCACAUAUACAGUUGGAUAGUCUGUGCAAUAUAUAUAUGGGACAAAACGGAUUAAAACCAUUCAUUUGUAGUCUUAACUUUAAAUAUCUUUUGUAUUUCAGAGAAUAAAACUUUUUUUCUUUUCCAUACAAUCUUUGUUCAGUGCCUUUAUUUGACCUCUGGUUCACAAAGCUGUUCUUUGUAUUCAUGAACCUUUUCCCGAGAGUAUUUGAUGGUUAGUGAUUUGUAGAACGGUGACUUGUGGUGGCCUCCUGUGAGCUGCUGCUUCACUUUGAAGCAAUAGUGAGCAGCUCAUCUGCUAAACUGUUGUCACACUGUCAUCCAUUGCUCUGUUUUAAGGUAGUUUGUCAAAAAAGUGCCUGGAUUGGCUGUAAUUUUUCAAGGCAUAAGAAUUGCAGCAACAAUUGAUCAAUGUUAAAAAGUUUGGAUGGAUUCUAUUUAUUUUUUCAAGUACAGUUUUAUA